AACCUUAAACCAAAACUAUUCCAUCUGCCGGUAUAGGCACUCCCUCAACCUUUAAAAUGGGGACUGAGUUCCGAACCUCAUUCCAACAUCCUUCUCCGCUCUCAAAAUCUUGAAAAAGCCUGAUAUCAGCGUGCACAGAUGACCAUUUCAGCGACCCAGUGGGGUUCCCUCACCGCUACCAGACGAGCCCUGCUCAUUCAUGGCAUUACUAUGUCAUCGAAUUCCUGGGAGGGUCUCGCUCAACUAUUGGUGGCAGAAGGUUUCUUUAUUGUGGCCCCGAAUCUUCUUGCGCAUGCAGGGAGACAGGGUAAUACCGACUACCGUAUAUCCGCCUUUGCAGAGGACCUCCGACCAUAUUUCGUCAUGGACACGUCCUACGACGUAAUCAUCGGUCAUUCUUUCGGGGGUGCAGUGGCAGUAUCCCUCUUGCCAUUCUUGCCCAAAAUGAAAGAAACCACCGUUAUACUCCUCGAUCCUGGCCUUGAGUUUACAGAGGAACAGAACGAGAUGAACUUAAAUCUAUUUCUAAAGGAAACGGCGAAUAUCAAGCCUGUCGACGUGCAUAUGGCUAAGAAUCCUGCUUGGUCACGCCGUGACUGCGUGUUAAGAACGCUGGGAUUCUCCAUGUGCGAUCGUACGGCGGUCGAGGUUUUUCGGCAAAACAGUCCUUGGUCUUUCAAGAGCCUGCUUGAAAACAUCCCCCCUCACGUGAAGAUCACCGUGCUCGUGUCAGACCCAAAGUUCGGCGUUGGUAUUUGUAAGACCGAACACAUUCCUCGUGAUGUGGAAAGAUUGAAUGCUAGAGCUCUUACCGGUAUCGGUCACUGGAUUCAAUACGAGUGUCCAGAUGCUAUCAUGGAUGCAAUUCCGCUCCCAGGGGCAAGAUUAUGAGGAAGAAAUGGUCUCUUGAAAUCUAUAUAGUUGUUGGCUACCUUUUGCAGAAUCCUUAUUCGCAUAACGGUGGGCAAUGCCCUGUAUGAUGUUUGAGA